AAAGAUGCAGUUCAAGAUAGAAAGCAUCCUGUUUUCCCUCCUUUUCUGGUACAAAGCUAUAGGUUGGGCCUGCAGUGUUACUACUUCUCCCCAAACAAACUGCACAUGUUGUGAACAUCCUGAUUGUGGUUUUUCCCAGUUACAGAGGAAAAACUUCCAGGAAAUUCCAGGUGAACAAGCCACAGUGGCAUUGUCACCAGGUGAGGAUGAGAGAUCAGAGCAGUGGCACAGUAAAGUUUGCAAAUGUGAUUGUCAAGGAAGUUCUGAUGGCGAAUGGUCCCAUGGAGGCAGUCUCUUAGAGUGCAUCCCAGAGUGUCCCUAUCACAGACCCCUUGGAUUUGAGUCAGGAGCUGUUACUUCAGACCAGAUAAGCUGCUCUAAUCCAGAGCAGUACACCGGAUGGUAUUCUUCUUGGGUUGCCAACAAGGCCCGACUCAAUGGCCAAGGCUUUGGGUGUGCCUGGCUCUCCAAAUUUCAAGACAAUAGCCAGUGGCUGCAGAUUGACCUGAAGGAAAUCAAAGUUAUUUCAGGGAUACUCACACAAGGACGCUGUGAUGCAGAUGAAUGGAUGACAAAAUACAGUGUGCAGUACAGGACUAAUGAGAAUCUGAAUUGGGUUUACUACAAGGACCAGACUGGAAAUAAUCGGGUUUUCUAUGGGAACUCAGAUAGAUUGUCCUCUGUCCAGAACUUCCUGCGCCCUCCCAUUGUCUCGCGCUACAUUCGACUCAUACCGCUGGGCUGGCAUGUGCGUAUCGCCAUCCGGAUGGAGCUGCUUGAGUGCAUGAGUAAAUGUGCAUGAUGCCAAACCACAAACCAUGCAGGGUUAUCAAGGGUGGACGAGGAGGUGAAGAGAUUCCUUAGCAACAUAUAGAAAAGCAUCCCACAAGAUAGUGAGGAUAGAAAAAAUGGGCUAGAUUCUGGCCCAAGAUGCAGCUCUCCUGAAUCUAAUGGGUUUGUAGAAAGGCAGGGAUAUGGGCAGUCUCUACCCCUAGUUAGUUUUAUUGAAACUGAUUUCAGGAGUUGAGCUGUGUGAAAUUCUUAGUUAGUGUUGCCUGAAAUUUUCCUGGGGAAAAUAUCAUAUUGUAGCCAUAGUCAUCCAGGAAAUAUAUGAGAAGAAAGGAUUUUUGUGAGUGAUAUCUGUUAUUGGAACAACAGCAUGGUUGGGGUAGACUUAGACAAGCUAUCAAGACUUAGACAAACUUCUUACUAUCCAGAGAAAGAAUGCAUGGCUUUCAAAGUUUAUAUAAGUCCAUCCCAAUGAUACAGUUGGUCAAAAAGAAAUAUAUCACCCACAAAAAUCCUUGCCUUCUGAGUGGAGAAAACAGAAUUUUGUGAGAUUCAUAUAAUCAUAGGGAAGUAGGUUUGGAAGGGACCUCCAGAGGUCAUCUAGUCCAGCCUCCUGCCUGAGAAGGAUCAUCUAUAUCCAAACCAUCCUAUACAAAUCCAUUAUCUAUAAUCUCAAAUCUUCACAAAACUACCAUCAGAACACUAUCCUGCCAAAACACAUCACAUAAAAUAUGAACCUGCCACAGGAAAGGAGGAGAGCCAUGACAGCCAAGGUCCUGCUC